AUGAUCCCCGAGAUCCCCGAUGAGCCGGAACCAGCGCCAGAGCCAGCCCCCGUUGAUAAGGUCAUCGAAAUCGAGGUCCACGGCAUCAAAGCCAAGUUCCACCUGAACCGAUCCGACGAGGAGCUCAUUCCUACAAGACACCUCGCCAAAGCGGAUCACACCCGUAUCGUGCAACGCCCCGUCUGGGCCUUCCGCAAAGAAGAUGACGCCCGCCUAAAGAACCUCAAGAAAUGGUCCAAAGUCGAUAUCGCCUUCCGUGGCGUCUUCCAAACUCUCAAGAAAGGUCCCCAGUUUGAGAAAGGAUUGUUUGAAGACGAGAACGGAAGUGCUGCUAUCUGUCCGCCACGGACUAAUUUCAAAAAAGUGUGCAAAAGACAAGCGCAGGUCAUUUAUGCCCUUCUGGAUGAGUUGAUGUACAAAUUGGCCAUCAGUCGCGAGUCAGAGGAUGAUAGGAAAUGGUUUUAUCUUCGUCCGAGAUUCAUGGAUUGCCGGGCGGAAUACUGGACCGGCUAUCGACAUAAGUACAAGGAUGGCCCUUUCUCAGCCAGCUGGAUUACUUUGGACCAUUUCCCUGAUAUCGGAGUAGCACGCUGCGUUGUCCCUGUAUCGACGACAACGGAAGAAAACCAACCCCUUCAAGCCGCCCUCGCCGGCAAACUCCAACUCAUAAUGGGCCAACUCCUAAUCAACAUCCUCCGCCUCCAUCCACCAGGCGAUCAAAUCCCCGACCAAGAAGUCUUCCUAAUCGGCCUACACGGAUGCAAACUCUACCUCCUGCGCGCAAUCUUCCCAGGCGCCAAGACUUCCAAGCUCUGGUGCGGGCGACACAACCCUACCGUCUUCCACGAAGAACAAAAGCGAUCCAUAGCCAGCACGGUCAGCAAACGCUUCUACUCGCGGGACAAUAUGGCCCGGUUCAUGGAACAGCUGAACUGGCUGCACCUGGCGCGGUCUUUGUCGGAGGAGGACCCGGAUCCGCACGUGUUCCAGGUAUUGGGGAGCCAGGAAUAUGACCUGUGGACGAAGGAUGGGUUCCGAGCGGCAAGGAGGUUGUUGGCUGGCUUGAACAUGUAUUUGAUGAGUGCGCAGUCGAAGGUUGGGGUGCUGCAGGAGAUAUUUGCGUUGUUCCCGUAUGAUGAGAGUGCGGAGGUGGAGGUGGAUGAUGGGGAGGCGGUGGUCCAAAGUGUUCAGAAGGAGCAGAAUGAGGUGUUGGAGGAGGAGAAGCGGUUGGAGGAGGAGGAGAGGGCCAAGAAGGAGGAGGAGCUGCGCCAUGUGAGGACCACAGAGGCGAUACGAAGUACGGAUAGAGAUCGGAUUGCUGGGUUCAGAGAUAUUCGUCGCCCUUGGUGGGAUUGGGUCUGGGAGGAUAAGCGCGAUGAGGGUCGUUCGGGUCGUGCUCGCGGUUGA